CGCUGCUGCCAACUGUGAGCUGCAUGUUUUCCAUUUCGCUACGCGUCAAUUAAUUAUCCGCGGCAUAUAAAUAUAGAAAAUGUAAGAGUCUCGAACGGUCGAGUCUCAUCGUUGACGAGUGCGUCCGCGGCAUCGAUUGUUUUUCCUCCUCAACUUUGCACUAUCAUUGUGUACGCACGCACUUGUAUUCUCCGCCUGCAUGUUGGCUGGUCAGUAGUAGUGCAGAGGCUGUGCUGCAGCAUAGUAGCGCGCAUAUAUACAUACGGUGACGUUCAUAUAUUUUUAUAUGCGUGUAUGUAGAAUACCUAGAAUCAGCCAGACAGAAACAUCAAACAUAAAAGAAAGUGGGAUACUGCGGGGAACGGGCCAGCGCGCAGUCUCAGUAUCCCCUCGCGGCUCGGCUCUUCGCGACUCUCUUAACCAACCGAACACGGAGCUGCUGAGCCAGCGCUUACCUAUGUCGUGCACUCUCCGUAUCUAUAUGUUGGUGCACCACUCAACGCAGACUGAAGUCUGAAAAUUGAACAACAGCUCUCUCGGCGACUCUGCUGGCCUCAGUCUUCGCGGACUGUGAGAGAUGCCCGCGCGUUGCUCGCUGCUGCUGCUGCUGCUGCUGCUACUGCACCAGUAGCCUAUGUCUGCGUUUUGCGCGCCUGUGUGCGUGCCUACGUCCGUCUGUGUGUUGUUGGCCUAUUUAAACCGCGAUGAAUUCCAACAACUAGUGACCAGUGACCACUACUGCUCCGACUUGAAUUAUCAGCUUACACUCGAUUGACUUUAACGAGCUCACCCGCGAUCUGAAGCACACAUUUUUGUCGAAUGUAACAUACACCUACGACGUCGUCGUCUCGCCUCGACCUCGUCGUCUUCGAAUCGCGCAUUGGUGAUCGCGGAGCUUCGACGUUGCAUAGCAGUGCUCCUGAGCUCGAUCACGACUCGUGAACUGCGCUUGAAAUUCAAGAUCCCGAAAUACGGCCGAGAGUUGCAGCGGCUAACGGGUUUUGUGCGCUUCUAGUGCAGUAGUAGUGUAAGCAAGUUGAAGUUUUAGCGACAGGCUGCGGGACACACGCAUCACACAAACAGAGCAACAGCGAAUAGCUGACAUGGCUUCGUCAUCUCGGCUGCUAUUACUCGGCCCGAUUAUGACAGUCUAUUUCUUCUUCUAGACUCCUAUCACACAAUAUUUUUGCACUUACUGCAAAUCGAAUGAAAUUUCAAUAACCGUGCAUCGCGGCUCAUAUCGAAAAAAAAAACACUUGAAAUCAUCCAUAAUGUCUGGCCAAAGUGGAGGAAAAAGGCAGCGUCUGGCUGAGCUUAAUAGUUUAUUGACUUGUAAACUUUGUGGUGGCUACUAUAUUGAUGCUACCACUAUUUCAGAAUGCUUACAUUCAUUCUGCAAAAGCUGUAUUGUAAAACAUUUGGAGACAAGUAAACAAUGUCCUGUAUGCAGCAUAGUAAUACACAAAAGUAAACCUUUGUUGAAUAUUAAGCCAGAUUUAAUUCUUCAAGAUAUUGUUUAUAAAUUGGUGCCUGGAUGUUACCAAAAUGAAAUGCAAAAACGUAAAGAGUUUUAUGCCAAAAAUCCAGAGGCUAAAAUUCAUCUUAUUUCACCAGAAGCUAGAGGAGAACCAGAAGAUAGUUAUAUUUAUUCUCCAGAAGAAUCACUCAGCCUUUCUCUUGAGUACUAUAGCCCUGAAACAACAAAGGAAACAGAAAAUAUUGAUAAUCAAGAUGCAGCUAUAAAACACUUACCUAGAAGGUAUUUAAGGUGUCCAGCUGCAGUAACGGUUUUUCAUUUGCAAAAAUUGAUAAGAGCCAAAUAUGGUUUAAAUGAAACUCAUCGAAUAGACAUAAUUUAUAAAGAAGAAACCCUUUGUGCUUCAUAUACAUUAAUGGAUAUAAUGUAUAUUCAUCAUUGGAAAAGAAAAGUUCCAUUGCAUCUAAGUUAUAGAAUAUUUGAGUCUGAAAGAAAAAAAAGAAAAAUGUCAGAACUGAAUGAUGAGUUUAAACAAGUUUUAUCAUGUAACAAAAUGGAAGUUGAUGCAAAAGAAGAUGAUCAAUUUUCUAAACGUGAAUGGAAAGAAGUUCAGCUGAAAAUUUCUGAAACUGGUGUUAUGAGUGUUACAGAUAUAUCAAAUUUAGAAACCAAGAAGAGUACAAAUGAAAAUGUGAUUAAUCAACAAAUCGAUGAAAAUUGUGUAGUUCCAAGUGUUAAUAAUUUAAACAAUAUAAAUGAAGACAAGAAUUCUAAGAAUAUUUCAAAUGAAAAAAAUAAAAACAGUCAACAAGAAAACGAAAGUGAAAAAAAUCAACAAGAGCCAAUUAAAAUUCAAGUUGAAUCAAAAAGUGAUGAAAAGGAUAUAAAAUCUACAAAGCAACAAAAUGUUGCAAAAGAACCUGUAAAAAAUGGCAGUGAAUUAAAUAUGAGUAAAGAAUCUGUAGUCACGAAUAAAUCAGAACUAUCCCGGAUCAAAAUUGAUUCUUCUUCUGAAAAAUUGUCAAAAACAUCCGAUGAAAAGCUAAGAAAUCUUCAAAUGGAAACAGAUGACUGCUCUGAAAAUAAAGAUAAAUCUAGUAGUAAUAAAUUAGAAAAUAACUCGAAAGCACAAUCACACACAAAUGAAACCAAACCAAACACACAAAGUGCAGGUGCUAAAAUUAAUGCACUUAGUGCUAAACUUCAGGUUCAACCAAAAAUUGGUUCAACAACCAAUUCUGAUGUUAAAAAAUCAUUGCUGGAUAAGCAAAAAUCUGACAACUCAAUAACAAUUCUUGAUGACCCUAAGAUCCCAAACGUUUCUGUAAAAUCGGAAUCGUCAAAAUUAGCGGAAAACAUACCAGAAUCAAAAUUAAAAAAUUCAACUGCAGUGUCUUUAAAUUCAACUUUAGAAAAUGAUAGUCCAACAAGAAGAUCAAUAAAAUCAGAACUGGUUAACAAUCGUAUAGAAAACUCUGAACAUAAAAAUUUAUCUCAUAAAUCUUUAACAACAGAUCAGCAGUUACGCUCUUUACCUGGCAUGCCUCACAUUGGAAAAGAUAUAAUUUGCUCUACAACGUCAUCUGGCUCGUCAGGAUCAGUUGGUAGAUUUAGCAUCCAAACUCCAUCCAUGAGUAUAUACUCCAUUACACCUUCAAAGAAUAAUUCUUUUGCAAGUUCAUCACAGAGUUUCAGUAGUAUUGGGUCCAAACCAGCUUCCUCGAGUGCAAAAGGAAAUCAUGAGAUUCCAAAUAUGUAUUCCACACCUCCCUGUCCAGAUGCUAUACCUAUUUCUCAAAUGAAGUCAAACAGAAAAAAUAACAUUGCUUCGAGUGGUUCCAAGAUUAAUGAUAUUUGUGCUAAGAUUGGAGAGAGCACAAAAGAAAAGAACAAGCUUGAAGCCUCAGGAACUCAAAGAGUAAAGCCAGAUAUACCCGAUUUAUUGAAAAUUUCUAAAUCAACUCCUGAAACUAUAGUACCUACUAAACAUAUACCUAAUAUUCCUAAUAUUUCAAUGUUUAAUGCGGGUACUAAUAAUCAAGUUAUGGCUCUUAUUGAAAAUAAAGACAAAAGGCAAUCCUCAUCAUUGUCACCUGCGCAAGCAGCGUUUUUCGCUCAAGCUGCUCAAAGUGUUCGGAAUUCACCUCAAAAGAAGCAAUCUCAGGCCGUUGGUUACAAAACACUCAGAGAUCCACCAAAAUCUUGGAAUCCUACGUUAUCUAAAAACAAUUAUGUUGCGGUGAAAAAUCAAGCAAAGGAACUCAUGAAUCAAGCACAAAUCAAUUAUGGAUUGACUGAUGGUAUGGAUACUUCUAAGCAAGGAUCAUCAAAACCAGCAAAAAUAUUUAAAAUCAGAAACACUCCACGAUUUUUAGGAAAUCCAGCAUCAGGUGUAAAACCUAUGUAUGGAGUAUCAAAUGAUCAACCAUCACCAAAAGAUAAAGAUCAGGCAUUAAAUCAGAAAUUUUCACAACAUCAAAUACCUAAAGGAAGUGUAAGCAUGAUGAAAAUUGACCAACAAACGAUGCCUCCACUUCUGCCGAAUUCAAAUUCGCCGAUCGGUCCACCUUCGCCAUAUACGCCUAAAUCUACUCGAAAUUAUCCUACCAGUCCUUUUUCUAUAAGGCCAAAUCUUUCUACGAGUAGUAGUGCAAGUGCACCAUUAUCCAAGGGUAACUCUCCAAUCAACAUGCUGUCGACAAAUCCAUUCAUUCCGUCACUUACUCCAAAUACAAACCCAGGACUUAUGUAUUCUCAUUUUCCAACGACAUAUAAAAGUCCAAUUAACCGAUUUACCAAUCCCUUAAUUAGACCCAAUCUGAAUAUACCACCCCAAAGUGCCUUCCACACCAAUCUUCCACCCUCUAUCAGUAAAAUGUACGAACGUUCAAAUUUUUUGAACCAGUCCGCGACUUCACGAGUAGCUGGUGCACUUGCAUAUAAUCAAGCCAGGCUAGCCGCUGCUAUGGCCUCUUCUGCCUCGGUGCACGCUUCCAGCUCUCCAUCUAUAAGUGUGGCUCCCACUACAUCCAAAUCGUCAAAACCAACUUCUAAUUCACCAAAUACCAAUCAAUCGGUACCAGACAGUGUCGGCUUAUUGGGUGGUGCUUUGCAGAUUCCUAAAAACCUUCCGCAACGUGAUGUCAAUGCUUACGAUCUUAGUCGUCUCGACAAUACUUCUUCUAAGCAACAGAUGUCAAGUAACAAAUCAAAGCUAGAACAACAAUUACAGAAAUCUGAAGAACCAAAGCAUGAAAAUACCUCUGAAACCAAUAAUCAGCAGGCUGAAAAAAAGACUGACGGUAAAACCCAAGUUAAACUUAAUGGAGGUAUCGACGUGUCUACUUCCAAUGAUGAAACGUCCAAAAGUAGUGCACAUGAAUCUGAAAAAUCAAAUGACGAGGUAAAAACGUCUGUGAGUGGUGUAAAAUCGCAAUCUUCUACCAGUACUGAAAUGGAAGCAAAAGAUUCUACAAAUACGGCUACAGAAAUAAAACAAAAAAGUGGUAAUGUUGCAGAUGUUGAAUCGGAAAAGGCCAACACCAAAAUUAUCAAUGACCCACAGAAAACUAAGACAGAAUCGUAAAUCGAUCAACAAGACAAAACACAUGUAAAUAAUUGUAUUGUAAAUAUGCAACAAAGGUAAUUUAUUGUUUCUGUUUUAUGGCAAGUGUCUAGCAUUAUAUGAUUGUUUAUUAUGUGAGUGCAACAAUUUAAAAAUUAUUUUAAGCUUAUAGUUAUUGUUUCUGUCAAUUUCUACUUUUAUUCAAAACCACAAAGUCCCAACGUUGCCAGAUUUAAUCAUUCAUCCUGCCAUUAAUUUUAUCAACUAUUUUCAGUCACACUCUUUUAUUUUUAAAAUUUGAGAAAAAAAGAUGUUACUCAAUAUU